AUGCCUGCCAUCAAGAAUGUCGCUCACGCCGGCGCCGUCGGUGCUCUCGGUGAGCCUGUCCUCACAGAGCUCGUCAACGCUGGCUUCAACGUGACCGUCCUCACCAGAGCUGCCGGCAAGGUGCCUGCAGGCUUCGCGGACAAGGUUAAGGAGGCUGUCGUCGACUACAACGACCCCGCCUCCCUGAAGUCCGCGCUAGCUGGUAUCGACGCCGUCGUCUCCACCCUCGGCGCCCCCGCGGUGGGUGACGCCCAGCGCAGCCUUGUUGACGCGUCGGUCGAGGCCGGCGUCCAGCGCUUCAUCCCGUCCAACUUUGGCUGCGAUCAGCAGAAUGCCCUGGCGCGCCAGCUUCCUGUCUUCGCCGAGAAGGUCAAGACGGAAGACUACCUCGUUGAGAAGGCCAAGAACACCCCUCUCUCCUACACAUUCGUCUACAACAACCUCUUCCUCGACUGGGGCAUCACCUACGGCAGCCUGCUCAACGUCAAGGAGAAGACUGUCAACCAGUACAACGGAGGCAAGCUGGCUAUUAGCGUCACCCGCCUGGAGACGGUCGGCAAGGCUGUUGUCGGAGUCCUGAAGAACCCCGAGGCAACGGCGAACCGCAGCGUGCGCAUCGAGGACGCCAAGGUCUCCUACAGCCAGAUUGCCGAGUGGGCGCAAGAGGCUAUCCCAGGCAGCUGGAGCACCCCCGAAGUCGACAGCAACGAGCUCAAGGCCAAGGCGGACGAAGCUCUCGGCAAGGGUGUCUUUGACGGUUGGGUCUGGUUCAACUACAUUCUGCAGGGCGCCACCAACGAGUCGUACGGCCCUAACUUCCAGAAUGUCGACAAUGAGGUUCUUGGUCUCAAGGGUCUCUCUGGGCAGGAGCUGGAGGAAUAUGUGAAGACUGCCAUCAAGCAGAACGCUUAA